AUGCACUUGCGGGUUCUAUUGUCUUUGGAUCGGUUAGCCGGCAUGAAGGGACAACCGGUUUGGACAACGUCGCCCCCCGGCGAGCCGUUAGUUCGAGCCCCCGUGGGUAAACCCAGAUGUCCGCCAGCGAUAUCCCGCCUCCGCGUAGAAAAAGUUGAAGGCGGCUUAGCAGUGGCCGGCGUCGUUGUGGCUGCUAACUGUCAAAUCGUUCUCCCAAUAUUUGGGUUUCUGUUUAUGCUUGUUGGAUGUGUCCUUACAGCCGCAUCAUAUCGCGGUUGUGGUGAAAAUGAGGAACCUGACCACUACGCCGCGCGCAUCGCAUUCACUGGAAAUUCCCGCGUACUCGGCCCCGUGUGCAUUGUGGCUGGUGCCCUUAUGACCAUUGCUGGCGUGGUGUUAUGUAUGUUGAUGCGAGCGGCGCAGAAACGUCAACGUCGAUUAGCCUUCCAUUGUCCCAUACAUGGGGACUUUUAUCCGCUAAGCCCACAGAAUAGCAGAAAGUAUUCACGAAGCCCCACUGGGCUGUGGCGCUUUCUUCGCGGUUGGCUUGGCAUGGUGGAGGAAAGCGAGACGCCUCGUUGCCCUCGAUCCGUAGAGCCAGCGUCACCAGCACGAGCUGAUGCUCCCUGCCCCCCGCCCUUACCUUUCCUCGUGCCAAGCGACUCUGUUGUAGGAAUGGCAUCAAUUCUCGGUGCGCCGCUUAGCCCCGAACAGGCCUUCGGUUCCAUAAAAUCUCUGGCCAUAUCUAGAGAAGUUGCUAGUUUUCCAUUAUCCCGCUCGCCGACACCACCACCAUUAAGUUGUCCACCUUUCAAAGACGAGUCAAAGCUUGGCGAUAUACCGAAUGCAGUGCCAUCUCGUUUCGACUGCGGGACCCCAUCCUACCACGUAGUCGAAUGCAAACUCACAACGACGGACGAAAUACGUCGUUCCAGCGACAAAUACGACCCCAGUGUACAUAGUGAUAGACAGAGACCCGCCACAGUUUGUAUUUCAAUACCAGAUGAAGGCAAGGGCUAA